CGUUUAACUCCACGCGCAUGCGUGGUGCACUUCAAACAAAUAGUCCCAAACUCGAGUUGCUGCGGUAACUGACGAGGUCGAGCAGACUUUACUGGAAACUGUACCUGCUUUUCCCGAGGACUGGACCGGUCCUCUGUAACUGAGCCCAAAAGUGAGUGCGGAGCGGAUAAAGGCCCGCAGCAGUCGGGCGCGAACAAACGCUUGUAGAAUUGACAGUUUUGAGUUUUGCUGUUAACCAUGAACCAUCCCAACCUCCGGAGACUCUUCUCUUCGUGUGAUGUGAACAAGUCCGGUAAUAUCGAGUUCGAGGACUUCACCGUCGUCUGCCGGGAGCUCAACGUCCCCGAGAGAGACGCUCAAGCUCUGUUCGACAAGUUCGGGGCGUCCGAGGAUGGAAUCAUAGACUACGACAGGUUUUCCUCCGGUUUCCAGGAGGUCUCCGAGAUUCUGGACCUGGCCUCGUUUGACGCCGGCGCAUCGCAGGGUGCUUGGGAAGAGUUUGAGGAGAAGAUAGGCGCCGAGUUCCUGCUGUCUGAGAGUCUCAGGGAGCAGCUGGCUGAUCUUCACCGAGCCCUCCACGCCUCUGCAAACACCACUCUUCUGAGAGCGUACGAGGAAGUCAUCCAGGCUGUCGUCAGUCAGAGCCUGGAAACCAAACAGCAGUGUGAACGCCUGGAGACCAGUCUGAAGCUAGUGGACGAGCUGAACAACAGUCAGCUCGCAGAGAUGGAGGACGAUAUUCAGCAGCAGCUGGUGAAAACAGAGCAGCGGGUGCGAGAAGAGGAACAAAAGAAGAUGGAGGCAGCUAUGGCAACCAUGAAGACGAAGUAUGAAGAUGAGAUUGCAGAGCUGCAUGCUGCUGUCAACAGACUGUUAAAAGGUCAAGAGGACUCUGAUCUGCACAAGUCACGGGAGGACACAUUUGCACUCAGAAUAAAGAUCAACAAACUGUCGCAGGAGAACGAGCAGCUACGAUGCUCUCUGCUGCAAGCUAACACUGAGGUGUCCAUCCUGCACUCGGAGCUGGACAAGAUGAAAAACAUCUGCACAGAUCUGAAAGACCAUCACGAAAGAGAGAAGGAUGAUUUGAAGAGGAUGAUGAUGGAAUAUGAGACUUACUCCAGUCAAAUCCAGACCCUGCAGGAUAUUAAUAAGAAGCUGUACGACAGUAAUGACGAACUGCGUUCAGCUUUGGCCAAUCAAGUGACUACAUCUAAGAGGAGGCUGUCUCCUGAGAGCGACAUGCCGGCCCGAAAAAUGAAGCCUCUACGACAAAGCACGCUCAACCACGGCAGCUCGGAGCAGAACUCCAGCGUCUCCCACGUGGCACACUGGGCUGAAAGGUACCUGGACAGCGGGGUCUCGAUGCAGAUGGACACAACCGAGAGCUUGGGCAGCGACUACGACAGCGACGACGCCAGGAGCUCCGUGGAAACGGUGCAUCACAGCUACUCCGAGGUGGAGUUAUCAGAGGUGAAAUCUGAAGCUGCUGUGUCGAUGACUCUCAGCAGAGCAAGCUCAUUCACCUCCUCCAUGAGAAGACCACUUCCUGCCUUCUCCACACUACCCCAAGCAGAAAGCGUUGUAGACGGUGCAGAGCCGGCUCCAAUGAUCCGCCUAGUUUUAGCAGGAGAUGCUGGAGCCGGGAAGUCGAGCUUCCUACUGCGGCUGACCCUCAACGAAUUCAGAGAGAACCUUCAGAGCACACUGGGCGUGGAUUUCCAGUUAAAAAAGAUGCUGGUGGAUGGGGAGAUGACAAGUCUGCAGAUAUGGGACACAGCAGGGCAGGAGAGAUUCCGGAGUAUUGCCCGGUCGUAUUUCCGGAAAGCUCACGGCGUCCUGCUGCUGUACGAUGUCACCUCUGAACGCAGCUUUCUCAACGUCCGAGCGUGGGUGGAUCAGAUUCAGGACUCAACAGAUGACAAACUCCCCAUGUGCAUCAUCGGAAACAAAGUCGACCUCCGGGAACUGUCAGGAACUCACAGCUGCGUGAGGACUUUAGAUGGAGAAAAGUUAGCAAAGGCGUACGGUGCCUUGUUUUGUGAAACAAGCGCCAAGGAUGGAAGCAACAUAGUAGAAGCUGUUCUGCACCUUGCAAGAGAGGUCAAAGCCAACGUCAAGUUGAGGAAAACGUCUGAAUCUCAGGUCAGGCUCGAUGAAACCAACUCGAGGAGGACUGUAAACGGCUGCUGUAGACUGUAGCGCUGCUGUCUGAGCAACUGUAUGCUUUUACUUUGAAAGGAAGAGCAGAGCUGUUCUGUUUUUAAAAAAAACUUUAAUAUAUUUUUUACCAUUAAACUUGAAACGUAGCUUUAUGAAGUUUUAGUCUUUGGUCAGUGUGAAGGAUCUUUCAUUUAUAAAUGUAGUUAUAUACGCACAUCAUUCAAUCAAAGCUAUCAAUUUAUAGAUUGUUUUAUAAUUUUUUGUAAAUUUGUUUAUAAGAAAUUUUAUUACAUUUAAAUAACGAAUAAAGAACAAACACAACAGGUUAGAUUUAGUACUUUUUAGAUUUGAUGACAUUUCUUUAAAAAAUGUGUAUAUUUUAGGAAAAAUACAUUCAUCUUUUCUUUCUUUGGUUUUCUUACACAUUUUUUGUGACCUGCACUCGUGUUCUGAUGAAGGAUUUUCAGAAAACUGAUGUUUUAUAACCGUCUGAUGUGAGAAGACAAUCUUUUAGGAAACACGUGGCCUUUUACAUCUCACUGGAACUCUCAAUAAAAAAGAAAAAACUCUUUA